AUGUCAUUCUCCGAGGCCUUCGCGGCUCUCUCCGCCAGCCUGACAGCCGGCGCUCAGCGGCUGAGCGGCGCCUCCUCGUCCUCGGCCGACGCUCCGGCGGCGGCGGCGGCGGCGGCGGCGGCGGCGGGCGCGGAGGCGCGGAAGCUGAGCCUGAGCGAUUUCGACGUGUGCGAGCAGCUCGGCGAGGGCGCGUUUGGGACGGUGUGCCGCUGCCUCCGGCGCUCGAGCGGCGUGGCCUACGCCCUCAAGGCCGUCUCGAUCGCGCACGCCACGCGGAACGGAGGCCUGGCGCAGGUGAUUGCGGAGCGAGACGCGCUCGUCGCGCUCGAGGAUCCGGGCCACCCGAACGUGAUCCGGCUGCACGCGACGUUCCGCGACGACGACUCGCUCUACCUCGUCCUCGAGCUCGCGACGGGCGGCGAGCUCUUCUCGCACAUCCGCCGGCUCGGCGCCUGCUCGCUGCCCUGCGCGCGCUGGCUGACGGCCGAGCUGGUCAACGCACUCGAGUACCUGCACGGGCACGGCGUGGUGCACCGCGACCUCAAGCCGGAGAACCUGCUGCUCGACGAGGUCGGCCACCUCAAGCUCGUCGACUUCGGCUCGUGCUGUCGAGAGCGGCUGCCUACGGCGGCAGCGGCGGGUGACGGCGUUGACGGCGAGGCGGCGAGCGGAGACGCCGGUCGACCCGCCGACACGCGGCGCUUCGUCGGGACGGCGGAGUACGUCUCCCCCGAAGUGCUCGGGGACGGGGACGCGACCGCCGCCUCCGACUUGUGGGCGCUCGGCGCCAUCGCAUACCAGAUGCUUGCCGGCGCCCUCUGCGCUGUGAUGAACCCGCAGCUCGCGUCGAGGGCACUUGCGCGCGAGGAGCGGCCGCAGCUCCUCUCUUCGCAGGCGGACACGCCGUGGGGCGCCGCCAUCUCUGAGGGCGAGAUCAUCGUGCUCGGCACGCCCGUCCUCAAGCGCCGCUUUCUCUCCGUGAAGAGCCGGCAGCUCCUGCUCGUCGACGCGCCGCUCUCGACGCCGCCGCCGCCGCCGCCGCCCGCGUACACAAACUUUCGGAACCCGGAGGGCAGCUUCGCCCGCAGCCGCGCGAGCGAGUCGCACGCGAAGCCGCCGCUGCCGCCCGCCACGCCGCUGGUUGGCGGCCGGCUGGUGUACGUCGACCCCGAGAAGCUCGAGGUCAAGGGCGAGAUCCCCUUCUCGUCCGAGUUCGACGCCGAGCUUGGCCCGCGAGGCGCCUUUUACGUACGGCCGGCGGGCGAGCGCGGCCGCACCUACUACUUCGAGGACCCGGCGGGGGACGAGGCGCCUAUUAUUGUGCUCGCCGAGACGUGGGUGCGCACGCUGCUCCGCUUCAAGGCGAGGCUCGUCGACGAGGCGCGCGCGCGCUAG